AUGAACACGUCCGAUAUGACGCUCGUCCAGGCCAUGGCCAUCUUUUUGUUCCUUGCGCGCCGCCACGAUAGCCCGCGCUACGUCUGGAUGCUGACUGGGCUGGUGAUCCGCAUGGCGCAAGCGCUGGGCCUUCACCGCGACGGAAGCAGGUUUGAUCAUCUGACACCGUUUGAAGUAGAAAAACGCCGGCGCAUAUGGUGGGCAGUAUGCGUGCUGGACCUGCGCUCGUCCGAAGAACUGGCCAUGGAUAUGACCAUUGCGCAGGGCAGCUUCGACACUCGGCUACCCCUCAACGUCAACACGUCUGAUAUACGACCUACCACGCAGCAGGCGCCGCCAGAAAAGGAUGGAUUGACAGACAUGACGCUGCCACUACUAUGGUUCAGCCAGGUGGAUGUGAUGCGGCGGAUGACGUUUCUCAUGGCCGCGCAGGGUGGUCAAGCCGGCAGCAGCCUCGAAGAACAGCUCAGUCUGCUGGGUGAGUUAGAGGACCAGAUCCAGCGCAUGUAUUUGCAGUAUUCGAAUCCGCAAGACAGCCCUGCGUAUUGGAUGGCCGUUGGUGUGACGCGCAUCGUGGUGUCCAAGAUGACGCUGUUUGUAUAUCUGCCUGCGCUGUUCUCGUCACCAGCCAACAUCACCCAAGACAUUAGCACCAAGCUGCUGGUGUCGGCCAUUGAAAUCGCCGAGUUCAACCAUGCGCUCAACGGGUCACGCGAUUGCCGGCCUUGGCGCUGGAUCUUCCAGACCUAUACGCACUGGCACGCCGUCGUGUACAUGCUGCUCAAUGCGGCGCAGCAGCCAUGGUCGCCGCUGAUCGAGCGCGCAUGGGUCGCCCUACAUAGCAGCUGGCUGAUUCCGAAGGAUACGGGCAAGGCGUUGCGUGCGCGAACCUGGGUUCCGCUGCGGCAGCUGUUUAGCAAAGCGAGGGCGCAUCGCGACGCAGAGCUAGAGAGGCUCCGAGGGGACCAACGGGCCGCUGACAGUCUCUACCAUGAAGACAUGGCCCUUGAACAGCCCAAUAGUCCCGGACUUGGACCGUUUCCGGGGCCCAUGGAGGGCAUGGCGGAGCUGUUCCGGCAGCGAUGGAGGCAGCUGGUGACGGCUACUGCUGGAAGUGAAGAUGUUCAGCCACAGCAGCAGCAGCAACAGCAACAGCAACAACAAGGCGUAGUUGUGGGAGAGGCUGUCGAUCAGACACAGCUGUGGACAGAGUCACUGCAGCUUCAGCUAGACACAGACAUGCUCUUCCCAGCCAUGUCGGACGGUGGAGAGUCUACAUACAGCUUCUCCGACUUGGACUUUGAUGCUGAUGUCAACGCCAUGAACUGGGGAGAAUGGAUUCAGUACACCGAGGAGGUGGAGAGGAGUGCAGCCGCUGUCGCAGCAACAGUAGCACGAUGA